AUGUAUGAUGAAAAAUAUCAACUGAAUUUUCCAAAUUCAAAUUAUUUAUCAAAUUUAAAUAAUUUAAAUAAAACAAAUCAAACUAUACAAUUAAAUAGAUUACCAACUUUAGGAGAAAUUUUAGCAAAUAAAUCAAAAUCUCCUGUUGAUUUAUUUACAUUUUAUCAAUUUAUGCAAAAUGUUGAAAAUAAAGUUGAUUAUUUAGAUUUUUGGUUUGAUUUAAUAAAUCAUUUAAAUUUAUGUAAACAUUAUGUUAAAGGUUUAAGAGAUUCUAUAAUAAGACAAUCUUCUCAUUUUAAUAAUUCUUCAGACAUUCAUAAUCAACAAUUAAGUAAUCCAGCCGCUCAACAACAGUUUCAUCAACCACAUUCUCAACAACAGCGAAAUACUACUGGAUCAUCAUCAGAAUUUAAUCGACAAUCUUUUUUUCAAAGUCCUAAUGAAAUUAGAAAUUCAAACCCUGUAUCUGAAAAAUCUCAAAAACAUAAAUCUUUAAGUUCUUCAAUAUUAUUAGAUUUAAUUAUAAAUGACAAUAUAUUAGAGGAAAAUGAUUCUCAUAGAUUAUCUGCAUUUUUAAGAGGUGAUAUAAAUUUAGAUAAUAUUGAUCCAAAAUUAAAAAAUUUAAUUGAACAAUAUAAUUCUGAAUUAGAUGAAUCUAAUGUUAAAAGAACAAGUUCUCAAUCUCAAUUACAGUCAUCACAUAAUAUUUUAAAUAAAACUCCUCCUUUAUCAUCUGGUCAAUUUAAUUCUUCAAAAAAUAGUUUAGUAAGAUCAUCACCAAGUUUUUUACAUUCAACAAAUUAUAAACCUCCCAAAAAUUAUCAAAAUCAAAAUCAAAAUGAAAAAAGAGUUAGUUCAAAUUCUGGUUUAUUUUCUGAUUAUGAUGAUUCUGAUAUUGAUCAACAUCCUCAUUCAAAUGAUUCAUUAUAUGAAAAUCAGUUAGAUAUAGGUCAAGCUGAUAGAGCUAUAAGUGCUUCAAAUUAUGUACAAUUACAACAAAAUAGUAGUUCAAAUAUAUUACCACAAUCUCCCUUAGCAUCAUCAUCAAAACAAUUACAGCAACAACCACAACAACCACAACAAAGAAAUCGAGAAUCAACAAUCAAUCCAUCAUUAUUAGAAAAAUUAAUAAAAGAUUCACCAGCAUCAACAAAUAAUAAAUCAUUUAUAACAAGAGAAAAUUUAAAAGAGUCAUCACAUAAUUUAUUAUUAAAAUAUUUUGUUGAAGAUUCAGAAAAAAAUUUAAAUUUACCUUCCCAGCUAAAUUCAUAUAUUAUAAAAUCUAUAGAAAUUGAUGGUAGAGAUGAUCCUGAUAUUUUUAAUUAUGUUAAAAAUUAUAUUUUUAAUAAAUUAGAAAAUGAUCAUUUACCUAAAUUUCUUGAUUUUAUGGCAACAAGAAAUAUAAAUCAUUCAAAUUUUUUAAGAAUCUUGUUGGGAUUCUUUUUUUUAUUUAUUGGAUUUUGGAUUGGAUUUAUUUUUAUAUUUUUAAAUUAUAGAAAAGGGUUAAGACCAGUUGUUAUAGUACCAUUCUUAUUAAGUUUUUAUUUUAUAAUUUCUUCAAUUUAUUUAGUUGAUCCAAUUUUAGCUUGGUUUGGUAUACUGGAAACUUUUUCAAAAAAUAACAUUAGUGGUGGUAAAAGAAGUAAAGGAAAAUUAAUUUUAAAAAUUAAAGAACCUUUUAUUUAUAAAUUUAUUUUAAAAAGAAGUUUAUGGGUUUUAUUUUUAAUAUUAUUAUUUACUGCUAUUUUAACUAUUUUAUUUAGUUUAGUUCCUGGUCAUCGUUUAUAA